GCGGGUUGGUUGGUUGGUGGGUCUGUCUGGGCUCAGCGGCGGGCGCAGCGGGGUCCGGGCCGGCGCGCUCUCGCCUCCUUCCGACGCCCCCGCCCAGGUCCGCGAGGGAGCGAGAGCGGGAGCUCAAGGCCGGGCCGGGGGGCGCCCAGCCCAGCCGCGAGGAGCGGGACCAUGUCGGGCCAGGAGGAGGAGCGCGCCAAGGAAAUCCUGAGGGGGUUCAAGCUGUAUCCGGCCUGGUUUGGCGGGGGGGGGGGGGAGGGGGUAAUUACGGUAGAGAGAUUGCGGGGGGCGCGCCAGACGGGGAAAUACGGUAAUGGCUAAAUAUUAUUAUAGGCGGUUUUAGCGCGGGGAGGGGGAAAGCAAUGGAUGCAUGGGGGCGUGAUAUUCGGAGGGAGCGUCAAGAGUUGUAACUACGGGGUGUGCAGAUUCCUGCAUUGGAGGGGGUUGGACUAGAUGACCGCCGGGGUCCCAGCCAAUUCUGCAGCCCUGUGUCUGGUACGCCUAGCUGGUGGAGAAGAAUACCCAUAGAUGUGCUUGCAGGGAUAUGCGCUUGCAGGAUUUAUUUGGCCGGGGCGUGGGGAGCUGGGUGUGUAAAUGUUCCCUUGUAGGUGUGUGCAAGUAUUUGGAUGAAUGGGGCAUGCCUGUUGGGGGUGUUCAGCGAGUCAGUAGAAUAUACUUGGGUGUGAUUUAAAGUGUUCCUGGCAUGGGGAGAGCGCCAGUAGCCGGUUUUGUGUCUUCGGGGGUGUUUGGGAAUGGUCUUAUGUCUGCAGCAAGCCUUCCUCCUUAUGCACUCUCCAUGGGAAAGGGGAGAUGGGGACUUUCCCUCUGUUUCAGAUGCUCCUCAGUUUUAGUCUGCUGGAAAGGGGUCUGAGGUAAGCUUCAGAAGCACAUUGACGUGUCUGUGGCUUGGCGCCAGCGGGCCCUGGAGCUUGGCAAGUUUGCAAGGCUUCCAUACUGUAUAGGAGAAGAACUGGAGAUCUGGAAAGAGCCAGAAGCUGCGGCUCCGGCCCUAUCGCCCUCCAUUGCAAGAUUCUAUAGAUGGGAGCCUCUGCGGGAUUAACCCACAUAAUCCAGAUCAUAGUGUGCCAAGAGCAGGAAUGGGUGCGUUGCAGGAAAGGACUUCCAGAGCACUUGAGCAAAUGGGCCCAACUCGGCCUGAUCUGAGAGGUGGUAAUUUGUACUUUCAAAUGAGAGCUGUCUUGGGCUGUGGUUCUAGGUAUGAUUACUUAGGGGUAAGCCCCAUCAAACCUACAGGAAUGGACUUCUGAGUAAGCGUGCCUAGGCUUGACCUAUUAGUAGCUAUGGCCACUUCUCUCCCUGCCCCUUUGUUUCUUUACCUAUGAGAGAGAGAAAAAUGCAGAAAGCAUGCCUACAACAUACUGCACGACAGUCAGCUGACUGCCAGUGUUUGCAAAGUGCUAUGCACUUUGUCACAGGCACAUCUUUAUCUGCGUGCCACCUAGCACCAUAUAGAUAUAUAAUACGUUUUUAUUAAAAGAUUUUUCUUGGGCAACAAUACACCACACACACAGUCUCUCUUUUCAAGUCAUAGAAUCAUUCAAGCAGAUCAGUCAUUUUCAGAGUGAAAUUCCAAUGCUACGGGCAGCAUGGGUCUGAGGGGAAGAAAGAGGGGAAAUCCAUUCUUUUACAUGGUAUAUGAACAAAGCUUUUGUGUCAGCGUCAUGUAAACAGGUACUUUAUUUUUGCUGGCGAUGCGAAAAUCCAGAGGACCCAGGAGGUUACACCCAGUCCUUUUUUGCUGGCAGCGCUCAAGGGUAUCAGUACCAGCACCUUUUCCCGCAAAUGUUAAAAGUGUGGCACUUACUGUAACACCUUCAUGAUAAGAGCCAGCACCUUUUUUUCCAAAAAACAGGAGCACUGGUUACGCCUAGCGCCAAAUGUGAUAUUAGGUAUCAAGUAGGUGGGUGCAGCCGAAAGGAGAGAACUGGUGGGCCUGGUUAGACCUGCAGGCAAAAGCUUCUCCCUCCCUGCUGUCUUUGGUGCCACUUGUUUUGAAUGGUGGGGGUAUAAAGCAAUCAGACUUCCAGCUCAGGGAGGUGCCAUGCAUUAGAACUGAGUGUCUGUAGUUGGUAGAAGGAGGCAUUUGUGGGGAUCAGUACUUCAUCUCCAAUGGGAACUCUGGCCAGUAUGGUUUGUGUUGCCAAGAAUGCAGGAGGUGGACGGCAUGCCUCUCUGGUUUGCUUUUGAGUAUGAACACAGCACAUUUGGGCAGCCUGGGGACUGUUAUCACACGCAAAGUGGGCUCAAAUGAGCUUACUAAACUGCGGGAAGUUUCAAACACAGGUUUCCUGGCUGAAGCAGAACCUCAUCUGAGGACCCCUUGAUUGGUAUGCUUUGCACAACCUGUGUUCUAGCCCAAUUGUGUUUGUGGCGGUCUGUUUUUGUUUGGUGUUCACAAUUGGAAAAAGGACAAUUGGAGGAGUGGAAUGGUUCUUCUCUAGGGCAGAGGUCAGUAUCCAUAGGGAGUGGCUCAGUAACGCUGCGUAAAUAACUUUCCUGAGAAACUCUUGCGGCCUUUCUCUAAUGUCUCUAAGAGUUUUUAUUCACUCCCAGCUGGCAGAGGCACAUUUCAUUGCAACUGCUCUUGAAAUUACCCUGACUUUUCAAUAGUUAUUUCACUUUGCAGUAUAUAUGGGGUUUUUAGUUUUUUCUUUUUUAGGAACUUGGUUGGAUGCAUGGUCAGCUAGGCUUCUAAAUAGCCACCUGGUCACCUAUGAUGAGUUAGAAUUUCUUCCAGGUGACCAAGAGGUAAAACUUUGCAAAAGAUCUUCAGCUGAUGGACCAGUAUACUGGUCAGUUGGUAGACUAGUAUAAUGUUAGGGCAAUCUAGUAACUGUGAAAUUCACCUGCAAGGCCAGACCUCAGUUUUUAGCAGAAGUGGCUCAUUAUUUUUCUUCUGGUUAUGAGAACUAAGAACUAGCUUGUAGAGGAAAAAGCUGUAACUUGCCAUGUAGGCCCCAGGAUACUACAUGAGACUCUGCAUCAUGGUUACCAAUUUAUGGAGCCCUUGUUUAUGAGCCCUUGUUUCCUGAUGUUUUUCAGAGCUAGGGAGGUGUGGACAAGAUAGAUUGAGAAGAUUCAUAGUCAGCAAGAACUGAAGGCUUGAUGAAAGUUUAAAGACCACAUUUUGAGUUCCUUGCCAGCAAGGUGUCCUUUGAAAAUAGUGCCAGGGAACCUUCUUUAUCUGGGGACUGAGAGAAGUUUCUCACAUCCAUCACACACACCCUCCUAACAGUGAGAGCUUGCUAACAUCAAAGCCUUACUUUGUAAGUUUCCUGAUGUGAUUCCUCCUCUGUGAUUUUUGUAUUUGUGCUGUGGCUUUUCCAUGUCAGGAUUGGUGUCCUUGCAGUGUGCUCACCUUGGUCCUUUUGGCUUCGGUGGAGCUGUCCAACAAAACUGUUUCUGAUAGGAAGCCUCUUGAGUCUGACGCUGUACUCUUGGAAAGCAAGCCAUGCCCUGAGAGAAGAGAUAAAGCCACCAGUAUAUUCUCUGCAGUUCAGCUGUGCUGAAGCAAAGGCUGUUCACCGAGCUUUCACAUUCUCCCUUGCCUUAGAUCAGGGGUGGGCACUUGUGUCCCCGCUGCAGUUGCUGGACAUCAGCUCCCAUCCUCCCUCACCUUUGGCCAUGCUAGCUGGGGCAGGAGUUGGUGCCCGGCAACUUUUGGAAGGUCGCGAGUUGCUCACUUCUACCUUAAAACUUUGUGCUUGUCCAUCCAUCCUUUUCCAUCCUUUCCCCUUUUUGGUGCCAGAGCUCGUUGCUCUGAAAUGUGAAAUUGCAAGCAGGCAGAAUACUGUACCACUAAACAGCAGCAUGCCACACAUCUGACAUAAGAGCUUCCGUGUCACAUGAGGCAAGUUCCAAGCAGUUAUGAGCCUUGACAGUUCUCUCUCCCUCCAGAAAUUAAGUGGUGUCAACCACCCUUGAUUUUUUUCCUCUCUCACCCAAUUUCUUUGGAAGCAAGUGACAUUAGCGAGGAUUGGAUAAGCUUGAUUCUUCUCUUUUCCCUCUGCCCCCAGUGGAGGCUUUUUCAAAGCAGGAGGUUUCAGAAAUGUUGGGUGGGAGACUCCAGAGACAGCCUAUUAUUGUACUACCCUCCCAGCUCAGGGAUUUCCAGAACUCUUCUUUGUGUAGUUGAUGCCACCGUCCUCUAAACUUUCUCGCAGUUGCUUCUAUUUACUUCUGCGUCGCUCAGGAAGUUUUCUUUCAAGACAUGAUGAAUAUAGACAUAGUUGAGGGAAUCCACCCUCUGACUCAGUCAUGUUGGACAGUGAUUUCCUUCCUGUAACAGUAGUAAUGCAGCGAUGUUCUGUGGGAAUAAACCUUGGGCCUGAAUAAUUUGGCCCAGACUCCAUGGAUUUAAAUAUUCACUUAAUGGGAUUUGUGUAUGUGGUAUUUUGGAUCUGCUUGGUUGGGCUUUGCUCUAAGAGAGAAGAUGUGGGUUCAGAAGAGUUGAGGACAGUUUGGUUGUGUGCUUUUGUUCAGUAUUCUGAGCCUGACUAUGGGAGCCUUUCAGUGGGGUAGGAGAUGGGGGCUAAAGGGUGGAGAUAAAAAUUAUGUAAAAUAAUAUAGUUGUGUGGUCAUUUGCUUGUUCACCAGCCUGUGGGCAACCACUCAUGUUGUCCCACUGCCACAUGCACAAUUUAACCCACAAAAGUGUGCCUCCUGAGAGCAGAUCCGUGCAUGGGAUGAUGCCCUGGUGUGUGUUAGGUCUGAAUAAACAGCUGUGUGUGAAUCAGAAUUUGCUCCUUUUUAUAAGGAAGCAAAGAACUUGCCAAUAGGUCAGAUUGUGGGCUGGUAGGUGUUGAAGUGAGGGUUCCUACAGCCAGCUCAUACUUGAUUGCUAUCUUACUUAGGGUUGCCAUAUUUCAAAAAGUGAAAAGAAUCUCAAAAAAAGAAAGAAAGCAAAGCAAAGCAAAAUGUAGACUUCUAACAUGGGUUGCCAUACAUCUGGAUUUUCCCAGUCAUUUCAAUGAUUUCAGCCUGGACGUUGCUUCCGACUGCCGUAUUCCGGCUAUGUCUGUGCAAGCUAGGUGAGCAGGCUGCCCUGGUCGAGUUCUCUUACCUUGUGGAAACUCAAUUCUCUGUAUGGUCCUGCCAAGUGACCUGAAGAAUCUGAUUGUGCACCUGGUUGAGAUUUCUGGUAAAAUGACUCUGUAGCCAUCUUAAAUUUCUUCCUGCUGACCAAUCUUCCCUGCAAAAUGUGGGUCAAGUUGUCACUCCUACAUACAGCUGGUGUUCUGUGGAUGGUGGUGCUUGGGAUGCCUUCUGUAAGAUACACAGGUUGCACCUAUAGCCAUCUGGCCAAUGCGUGAUCCCCAUACUUCUAUUUUCUACUGUGUGUAAAUCCUGAAUUAUUUUUGAAGUAUAGCCGUGAGCUCUGUGUGCUACAGAUGUUAAACAAGACUGACAACUGAAUCGGUUCCUAAAAAUGAAAUUCCUUAGCCAACAGCCUCAGGCAGGCAACCACUUACACAUGUGUUUAUCUGUGUAACUGUGUGUUUAGCUUCUGACUUGCAUGGGGAAAUGCAAGGUUGGGCAUCCUCCAAUAUCAAUACGUCUAUUACUAUUACUACUACUACUACUACUAUGUACUAAUAUUUAGCUCUAAUAUAGUGCUUUUGAGUGUUUCAAGCGCUUCAUGCAGACUAUAUUAUGGUGAGCUUUACAACAGACCAAUAAGGUGGGCUGAUAUUAUCCCCAUAUUGCAAUUAGAUGGUGAGCCUGACCAAAUGUGACUUGCUGAUUUGUUCAUGGUGUAGUCAAGAUUCAAAGUACAGUUUCUGGAUCCACAGGUCAGCCUCUUAAGGCCAAAAUGGGAGGUGUUGGCAACAGACUCAUAUAGCAGAAUUUGGUUGCUGCUGAGAAUCCCUACAAAGGUGGGUUUGAAAGUACAGUGUGAGAAGCUGGGAAGAGGAGUUCUGUGCCUUCCCCUGAAACUGCCUCUCCCCAGCCUCUUUCUCCCAACGCUGGAAGUAGCCCCCGCUGGAAGGAAACCAAAGUGGAAGAAGUCGUGCUGGGAGGGAAAUAACAUGAUUGUGUUUUUAAGUUCCUCAAACACAGUAGAAGGGAGAUGGAGGCACCAGUGGGUAUGAUCCCAAUGCUUUCUGGGUGUGAGGGCAAGGGAGAGACAUUUAUCAAAGGACUGACAUAUGUGCUUCUUAGACUGCCGAUGAGCUGCAAGAAAAGGCGCCUCAAUCCAAGCAGUCUCCCAAGGAUUCCUCGAUGAAGAGACUGAGAUUCUCAGAAUGCAUUUGGGAACAUAACCACUCGUACAGCUGUCAUCUUUUUAAACAUUUGGCUCUUUUCCACAGCUGUUUUUGAUCCGCUUUUAUCUCCUUUAACUCCCCCACCACCACCAUGGAUGUUUGUGCACGCACACCUGGAAUUUUGGCACAAGCUAAUUUGGAUUAUAUGCUCACCAGCUCACAUUGAAUUCUGUGAUAACCCAAAAAUAGAUAUAUAUUUCAGGCAUGUGUUAGUGAGCGCUGAUUUUCAUGUUUAGCUUGUCUGUCAACUUUCAGCAGUCUAGGUCUUGAAUUUUCAGACACAAAAUUUGGGAUUCAGUAUUCACCAAGACUAUAACAUUCUUAUGGAUGUAAGGAGCUGACUGAUAUGAUUCCUGGUCUGGUUCUGGAUCCAAGGUUCUGGGCAGAGGUCUUUCAGACUAGUACUGAGACCGCGGAAUUGAACCUUGAAUCAUCUGCCUUUGAAGCGUGUGCACCCUUUACUGAGCUAUGGUGCUUCCUUGUUUCAUCUUCUGUGUCUGUAUACUGAACAAAAAGCUUCAGUCUUAUACAGUCAUACCUUGGUUCUCAAACUUAAUCUGUUCCAGGAGUCCGUUUGACUCCUGAAACCGUUCACAAACCAAGGUGCGGCUUCCGAUUGGCUGCAGUAGCUUCCAUUCAGCUCAUGCCAUUUGAGCUGUUUCUGAAUAUAUGGGUUGUGUGGUAAGUGAACGUUAGUUUGAAUAGGGCGCUCUGGCUUGUGACUGCUGUAUGUAACAUGCCUGUGAGACGGCAAAAACUAGUUGAAAUUUUGGGAAGCUUUUAGGUAGAGCAGGCAGAACCUUGGCACAUCCUUCUGGGGAGUGCAGUGAAAAAUAAUGGGAGUUGCAUGGUUCACCACCACCAUCCUGGUAGGGGUGGGGUGGGGGUUGAAUCUGUGCAGGAUUGGACUUUUUAAGUGAACAGUGCCCCCUCCUUUGAAAAGCAGAGGAUUCGGCUAUGGUUGAAUUUCAAGGCAAGCCCCUGCCAAAGAGCAGCUCAUAGGAAAGCUGAGCUUUUAAUCUGACAUAAGUCUUCCACUAAAGUGCCCGACGGAAAUGCUUCUGAUGAUUGCUAUGAGCAUACGCCUGGUAAAUAAAGCAGAUAAUGCCCUUUCCCAAAAUAUUAGCAAAAACUGGAUUAAGCAGAUUCUGCCAACUCCUUGCUCCCAAGGACACAGAGUUGCUCACUUGAGUUGCCUGAGGAGGUUUAAGGCCAUGCAGGGAGUGCCGAAGGCAGACAAAGAAAUGGCUGGAUGACCAGUAGUUGCCAACUUGGACCAGGGACCUUUGAACUUCGUACUUUGGCAGCCAGGGUUGGAUAUUUGAAUGGCAUUCCAUUUCUACAUGUGGCCCAUGCAGUGUGGUUCUGUGGCCACCGAGACAGAGGUCCCCACUUUGUGUCUCUUAGCCCUUUCAUGCUUCUCACCUGGCCACAGGAGAAAUCCCCUUCCUAAUGUUUCCAGGAUCUUUUGACCUGCCUCUUCUACCCCACAUACUGUUGUACUGGGUCCUACAAUCACUUCUUUUGCCCCCCCCCAUUCCUGAAAAUUAAGCUGCACCCACAGUGGUUGGGAAAUGAGACUCGUUUCCUGCUGUGGCUGGUGUGCUGUGUGGAGAGAGGGGAGUGGACAACCCUCUUGCAUGAACGCUUUGCAAGGCUGCGUUUGCUUCUUGAUGUAGAGCAAAAGCUCUGGUGCCCUGAGCAGACAGGCUGCUUCAUCCUAAAGCCAUCCCUGUGUCUGCUUGGGUGCGGGAGAGACAUAUGCAGGCUAAUAGCUUCGAGGUGCUUCAAACAUGUGCACCGUAAUGUGUUGAUAUUGAUCGCAGUUAUACUAGAAGGUGUAAAUAAUAUUUUCCAAAGUGCACUUCAAACUGAGCAUGUUUGCUGUUUGAAUGACUACUAAAUAGAAUCUGUGUUGUGAGGGGAAAGGGGACAUGAAUAACUCUGAAGGUAAAGCUGAAUAGCAUUUGCUCGGUUGGAGUACUUUGCAAUUCUCUGUGGAAUGAAGGUGGACAGAUGGCUUGUGUGAGAAGCAUAAGUGAGCUCUCCAAUUACUCCCACCUGCAAUUUUCAAGCUCUUUAAAUUGAUCUUCCGGGGGUGGGUGAGGGUAGAGUGACAGAGCACUCGGGUGGGGGGCUAAAAUGUAAUACAGGGAUAGAGCACCUGUGGUCCAGCAACAUCUACCAAACCUGACCAUUCACCAUGCUGGCUGGGGCUUAUGCGAGUUGUAAUCCAACAAUAUCUGGAGGGCCACAGGGCCCCCACCCUCGUAUUUCCAUUUGUGGCUAGCAUUUGCACACGGCAAGCCUUUUCUCUCGGUGGAUGAGACUUGGAGCAAGCCAGCGAGAGCUGGGGCGUGAGAUCCUGCCAGCGUCUUAGUCACUCCCCUCUGUGCUCCUUCUCCUGCAGAAUGAGGCUUUUCUUUCUCUAGCUCCUGGCUUCUCAAGGGGGUUGUUGGCAGAGGGGGACUCUCCGCGCUCUUGUUUCCUUCACAACUCUCAGUCUGUAGAACGUGGAACAAAUGGCCACGCUGUUCAGGAAUGUGUAAGGCAGCAGGGUUGGCAUGGCACCAGAAACGUCUGAUAUGGGCUGGUUCAUAAAUAAGUACCACAGUGCGCAGUCACUUUCUUGGGAGCCGUCUCGCUCUUGACGUACUGUUUUGCCUCUCGCAGAAAUGCUUAACACCUGCAGCAUUAGCCUUGCAAGGACUAAAUGUCUCUCUGUGUGUGUCGUUAGUUCUAAGGACAGGGUGAGCCUGCCUUGAUUGUGAAUGGCUUACUACAGCAAUGCCCGGGAGAUGCCCCAUUCCCCCUGGACAUUGUAGAAACAGUGUGAGCUUAGCUAAGGCUGACUACAGCGCAAGUGCCGUGUGCCGUUUUGAAGGCAGAGCAGAGAAAAUCUUCACUGUCUGUUUCUGAAGUGUCAGUUCAAACUUCUGAAUGGCUUGUCCCACAAACAAAGGCUGGAGGAACGAAUCUUGCUUUUGAGCCUUCGGUGACCAACAGCAUUCUGGCACCGGUUAGUUCCCAGCACAUCUUUCUCCCAUUUGCUCUGUGCCUGCUCUGCUCAGGGACCAUUCUCUCAGUCCCUGACUUCCUCUCUCUUCCUCCCUUGCAGAUGGCUGUUAUCACUCUGAAUAGGGCAGCAGCAGAAACGAUCAGCUUCUUAACUUUCAGAAGCCCCUUUUCAGUAUGUUGCCUAUGAGCUCAGGCUUAGACCUCAAGGUGUCAUUCCAAUCCAUGGAAUUUAUUAUUCCGUCUAACAGAAUAUUGACAUUUGAAUCUCCUAGGGCUGCUGCUUUGGCCAAUAACAAGAAAAAGGAAGUCCGCUUAAAUGUUUCACUAGAGCACAGCUGCCAACAGCCGAGGAAAGGAUUGGUUAGGCCUUGCUUAACAGAGACUGAGGUGGCUGUGUUGAUGAAAAGUCUUUUAAGUUUUCAGGUGGAAAUGAAGCACAUAGAUUCAGCUCCUCUUCCACAUGCAUACCUCCAGUAGCUGCAAGCAAGACUCUAGUCCAGUGGGAGAGAAGGUGCCAUAUGGUGAUGUCUGGCAGUGGAAGCUUAAACUGGGGGCAAAACACUGUCAAGGCUUCAGAAAAUGAGCUUCAGGUUAGCUGGAUAUGAGGACUGAUGCAGACAGCUGUUUAGUGUGGGCAUAAGGUUCAGUGUCUCUGGCACCCACAGUCCAGCUGGUCAGUUCUAGGUUUCUUCUGCCCACUGGAACAGGGCAGCUUGUGCAGGUACUUUCCUCUCCCUGGACUGCUGCUUAUGAUUCUGUUUCUGAAGUUUGAUUCGCAUACUGCUGUGCUGGGUGUUGUGCUGGCCACCAUUUGGACUUCCUGUUUGCCAGCUGUGUACUUUAGCAUGAACAAAUCUGGACUCCUAAUCACUCCUAACUCAUACCUAGGUAUCUAUAAACACAGAGUAUUGAUGAGUUAAACCGAAAUAGCCUAGGUAAACGAGGCCUGAGACAGGGAAGGGUUUUUUUUUUAGUGCAGUUCUGGGGGGCUAUGCAGGUUUCCUUUAGUGCCACAAGUAUGCUUUUGAAGUUGUAUGUAAAAUUAAGAGUAGUACAGUGGUACCUCGGGUUACAUACACUUCAGGUUACAUAUGCUUCAGGUUACAGACUCCGUUAACCCAGAAAUAGUACCUCGGGUUAAGAACUUUGCUUCAGGAUGAGAACAGAAAUAGUGCUCCGGCGGCGCGGCAGCAGCAGGAGGCCCCAUUAGCUAAAGUGGUGCUUCAGGUUAAGAACAGUUUCAGGUUAAGAACGGACCUCCGGAACGAAUUAAGUACUUAACCCGAGGUACCACUGUAUGCCCUAAGGCAAGCAUAGAGCAGCCCUAAUAGUGUGCCUUCAUCCACCAAAUAUCCUGCCUUGCAGGAAGAGUUUUCUGUUCCUUUCUCACAAAACACUCAGAUACCACUCAGAUGAUCUGUGCUUACAAAGACCAGGGGUUUCAGCUUAAGGGAGUGAGGGGUUAAAUUUCACAUAGAAUUCACUUUCUAGUUCCCUGCCCCCCCAAAAUCCUCAGGACUGACUAGACCAGGAGUAGGCAACCUAAGACCUGGGGGCCGGAUGCGGCCCAAUCGCCUUCUCAAUCCGGCCCACAGACGGUCCGGGAAUCAGCAUGUUUUUACAUGAGUUGAAUGUGGUUUUUUAUUUAAAAUGCAUCUCUGGGCCAUUUGUGGGGCCUGCCUGGUGUUUUUUACCUGAGUAGAAUGUGUGCUUUUAUUUAAAAAGCAUCUCUGGGUUAUUUGUGGUGUGUAGGAAUUCGUUCAUCCCCCCCCCCAAAAAAAAAUAUAGUCCGGCCCACCACAUGGUCUGAGGGACGGUGAAUCGGCCCACAGCUGAAAAAGGUUGCUGACCCCUGGGCUAGACCCUCUGAUACCAGAGCAGUUGAGUCAGUGGCAGCAGGUGGGCCUGCAACAUCAGACGCAGAGCCCAGGAGUUGAUGCCCUUGUGAGAACUCAUGCUCACUGUAACACCACAACAGAUCAGGCCAUGGCAUUGGGGCUUACAGAAUGCAUCUGCCACUGAACUACAGCCCAUAGAAAUAAAUAAAGUAACUUGGUUACUUUCCCAUAGUAUUUUAAUACUUUUAAGUGCAAAGCACGCACAGCCGUGCUGUACGGUCCAGGUUGAUGUUCUUCCUUGGGAAUGUUGGGCAGGCAGCCUGUCGUGCCUUGGUGCUUCGUCAGCAAAUAGAAGCCCGUUGCAGCAUUGGCAUAGGUUUCCCAGGGAGUGCUUGCCUCAGUCCUGAUCAGAAUUUUUAUUUUGCUCAUUAGAUGCUGCAGCAGCCCAGGGCUCAGUGUGAGUCCGCUGUGAAAUUUCAGUAAGUUUAAAUCUGUAAGGACAAGAGGCCCAUCUGCAUUCUCUGGGCUUGCCUGGAAUCCAGAUUUAUUGUGGGUAAUUGAUCGAAGGUGCGUGUUAAGUGUGUGUACAUUUCAUGCUCUUGGAACUAUCCUUUUAAUACACGGCUUUAGCAGGAUAAAGUGUCGAACUUCAACCACUCUGCAUUGCUAAAUGUGUUCAUGUAAAUGGCUAGUCUGCUUCUGGGAAUGGGGUGUGAGGGGGGAGCGAGCAAGAGGAAACAUCAGAGCUGGGCGAAGGAAGUGUGCAACAGUUCGGAUUCUGCUCAGUGUGCAAAUGCCGACCCUCACAGGCUUAUUAGCAUCCCUGCCGCAGUAUCACCACUCCUUUUGACAUGUUCCCAGAAGGGUAGCCCUGCUUUUGUGGAGGGGAAAAGCAAUUCCAGCUGCCAGGAGCUCACAUUUGAAACUGCUUGCUUCAGCAUCUGGCUGUGUAAGAUAACGCCCAUUUCUGCCUGGUGAUGCGGUGGCUCUCUGGCUCAUGUUUACCCAUAUUGUUUUUUAUGAUGCAGAGCCUCCCUCCUCGGGCACCUAUUGCCAUGGCAGCAGUGUGCCACUUGGCAAGUGACACAAGCAGCUCUCCCUGGUGAGACUGGCAUUCUGCCAUGCUUUCUCUCCCAGGUGCGCUGAGGAUGCCUGGCAGGGAGGGUGCCAAUAUCCUUGCUUUGCUGUUCAGGAGCAGGGCAGUCGCUGCUUCUGGAGAUGGAGAUCCUGCUGAGCGUUUGCCAGCAGAUCCAAAGUUGUUCAUGUGUGCCGUGCGAUAAGAACAAAAGGAUGAGGAAUGGCACGACAUGGUCUGCCUCUUCCGGGGAAGAUUGUCCUUUUAAAAAAGAAAAAUAUUAGUUUUUUAGCAUAUCAUUUUCAACAAUUAUUAAACAUACUUUUAUAUCUUAUACAAUUUUUUUGGCUUCCAUCAAUCACAUCUGAAAAAUUUCCAAUACUUUUCCUUUAAUUUACAUUUCUAACUUUCACUAUUACAUUUAAAUAGUAAUAUCUCUCUUCUUUGCAAUAUUUCAUAUAUUCCUCCUUACAAAACUCUACUAGCGUAAUUUCUUGAUUACAGUUGCUCUUCAAAUAGUUCGUACAUUUCUUCCAAUCUUCUGUGAAUCUCUGGUCCCGCAGAUUUCGAAUCCUUCCUGUCAUUUAAUCCAAUUCUGCGUAGUCCAUUAAUUUCGUCUGCCAUUCUUCUUUUGUCGGGAUUUCUUCUUGCUUCCAUUUCUGGGCCAACAAAACUCUUGCGGGGAAGAUUGCCUUUUGAUCCUGGAUGUGGAACCUAGGAGGCUUCCUCGGGUUGAGUCAGACCAUUGGCCCAUCCAGCUCUGUUCUGUCCACACUGACUGGCAGCAGCUGUUCUGGGCUUUGGGCUGGACAUCUCCCAGCUCUUCCUGCAGAUGCCGGGGAUUGAACUGCGAUCCUUUUGCAUCCAAAGCAUGGGCUGCACUAUGGAGCCACAACACUUCCUCAAAGGGCCCAGAACCAGCUUGUACUUUCCCUGAGUUGACAUAGGACCCAGUCCAGAUAAGCGCUGCUGCCAAACGGAAAUCUCUUGGUGUUUUCUAAAAACAGCAAAGGGUCUUGUGGUUCUUCACGGACUGACAGGUUUAUUGUGGACUGGAAUCCGCUUCAUCAGGUGCAUGAAGCAUUCUCUGCAGUUGGCUGGCUAAUACAUCACAAACGUGUAGAAAAAGAACCAGCAGCAGUGGCCUCCCUUUCGAUGGCCUUUCCGGGAAAGAUCGGAAGCUGCAGUCGCAGAGUGUACAAGAUCAGAAUACUGACCUCUUCACAACAGCAGUAAUUGAUGAUAAUGCUAUCUUUCUAAUCAUGCUUUUGAUAAUUUAAAAGCUGCAACGUGAAGGAAAUGCCUCCUUCAAUAAAGCCUGAACUGAAUAAAUCUGAUUUGCCGAUAAUCAUUAGUGCGGAGUAACAGGAAAGAGUAUAUUAUUGUCAAUUGCUGCUGUUGUGAAAGAGUCACUCUCUUCUUAUCUUGCAUACAUUUGGGUUCUGCAUAGACCUACAGCAGCUAUUAAUUAAUAUGCCAUGGCCUUUGGCCUCUCAGCUUGUCACACACACACUUUUAAGUGUGUGUGAGAGUGCACACACCAGCUGAGGACAGCGUUUCAUGCAUCUGGUGAAGUUUCUAACCCACAGAAGCUUAUGUGACACCAAAUCUGUUAAUAUUGAAAAGUGCCACAACUCUGUUGCAGCAAGAUCAACACAGAGUGCUGCACAGUUGUCUUUCUGGAAUCGGCCUUGUGUUUUCUAGCAUCUUCUGGGCUAGGAUCAGCCAUAACCUGGCAGGUCAUAUAAGCUGCAUUUACCUUCAAUAAUGAUGAUAAUUUUAUUAGUUAUACCCUGCCCAUCUGGCUGGGUUUCCCCAACCACUCUGGGAGGCUUUGUGGUAAAGAAAGACUUUGUCCACAAAUCCCCUUGCUAGGGAAGGAAGGGAAAUGCUCUUGAAUGGGAAGCAAUAAAGAUUUCCUCAUUUGAAAUUGUUCCUUCCCGUCCCCGUGGAUUUAAUAUACCUCGGUUUAAGAACAGUCCUGUUUACGAAUGAUUUGGUUUACAAACUCCACCACACCGGAAGUAGUGUCCCGGUUUGUGAACUUUAUCUCGGUCUAAGAACAGAAUCUGAACGGUGGAAGGGCACCAGUGGCUGGAGGCCUCAAUAGGGAAAGCACGCCUCGGUUUACGAACGCACUUCCGGAACAGAUUAAGUUCGUAAACUGAGGUACCACUGUAUAACCUUACCCAAGAACACAUGUACCUUGAGGCUAGAAGGUGCCAGCUUCACUAUACAGUCUGCUAUCUGAAAAGUGGUUGUAUUGAGUGGGAAAAUCUAUGCUACACCUGACUGGAGAAUAGAGAGUUGAGAAGUUGCCCCUAUCCUUCAAGGCUUAGCUAGAUACUUGCUGUUCUGGUACAGUAUUUCUGUCUGUGGCAAACUGCACAACACCAUGUGUUUGAUCGCAUUAUAAGAUGUUCCUGCAUGUACACAUACAUAUCACUGCUAUCACUUUCUAAUAGUUCUGUUGGAGCAUAAUGUCUAAACACCCCACUCCUCUUUCUGGUCAGGCUGUAGCCUUUGAACCCCUCUGGAGGGAAGCGGGCAAAUGAGCCAGCUAGGAUAGCUGCAACUUUCUGGAGUAGCUUUCUUGUCUUCAGCUGGCUUCCUGGAGAAACUCUUCAGUGUCCUUGUUCUGCCAGAGUCUCUGAUUUUGUUCUCUGGUGCCAGGAAUGUCGAAGUUUUGAAACGGAUUGGAAGGAGCCUUGGAAAAUCUCUGUGGCAAUGCAAGGAGGAAAGGCUGAGAAGCCCAAGCAGCUCAGGGUUGGGCUGCCUGCCUUUGCCUUAAGAAGAGGACCAGGGUGAGGGUACAAAGCUGGGCAUGAUGUUGAGUGCAUGAUGCAAGAAAUGAGCAGGGGGUGUUCCUGGAAACUGCAAGGAAGAGAGUAAUGGUGGAUUGAAUGCAUAGCUGAGGUUGGAAACUUGGGCUCCUUGACGCUGGAGGCUGCCACUAAGGAAAUGGACUAUAUUACGCUCAAAAUUCUGAGGCUGGUGUCUUAAGGCUUUGAAACAGCUUUUUCCUACUCCUCUUACAUCAUCUUUCCACUUCACAUAUGCAAGGCUGGAAAAAUCCCAGUCAUCUAGGCUUCUUGCAAACGUCUUUGACUCUCUCCCUCCUUCCCAGCUCUGCUACUUUGCAUGUUGUGUUUUCCCCAUAUUCAUCUAAGAUGGGUUGUGCCAGGAUUAACAGGGGCUGGCUGGGAAACGGUGGCUUCUAUUUUGGCUGAGCAUUAAGGGUAUGCAACUUGGCCAGAAUACAGAGAACUGUGAAUCUCCUUCUCUGAACCCUUUGAGAGGGUUUUAAGCUGCCUUCCUUUCUGACAUGGAAGUCCUUUCAACGUGGGACUUGGACCCCAGAGGGCAUGAAAUUUGGCCAGUGGCUUUGGACCAGUCACUGAGCGUGGAGCGCUCUCUUGAGCUCCUAGGAAGUGGGGCAGGUGUUGGUGAAGAAGUGCAAUGGGGAAUUGCUUUAAAAGAUGGGCGAUGAUGAAUCUAAAAUCCCUUGACUCAAUUGGCUGCACAUUGCUUGUGUUGUGAGUUCUCUGCUGAAAUGAAAUCAUGGCGUUCAGUAAAGAGCAUGAACACCAACAGCUAUUUUGUGCUUAGCAUCCCUUUCCUCCCGCAAUCAUGAUCAUGACCAAGUCCAAAGAGUAGCACUGAGAGAGUGCUUUAUGUCUCCCUGUUUGUUACACUGUGGGGUCCUACAAGAAACCACUCUAUCCACAAUGCUAUUUAAUAUCUACAGGAAGCUGCUGGGAGUGGUCAUUAGGAAUUUUGGGACAUACUGCCAUCAGUAUGCUGAUGACACACAGCUCUUCUUCUCCAUAACAUCUGCAUCAGGAGAUGCCUUGCCAUGCAGAAUGAGGGAAAGUAAGCUGAGCUUGAAUCCUGGCAAGAUGGAGCCCUGUGUGUGAGUUAUUGCCAGAUCUGAGAAAUUGGGUCAGUUAUCUGCCAUGGACAGGGUUGCACUAUCCCUGAAGGAGCAGGAAUGCAGUGGGGGGGGGGCGCAAUUCUGGAUCCAUUCUGCAGCUCCUUCCCUUUAAAUGAGCUUCAGCAACAGCACCUUGGUGGAACCUUUUUGGGACUCUUGGGCUUCCAUAGACUCUGGAGACAUCCUGAGUGCUGAGGUCUCAUUCUGCCUGGGCAUGUUUCCCCUUUGGGAGAAUAAUACUUUCAAUAAUACUUUCCUUUUCUUGGGUUUAUCACUCAAGCUCCCGGGGUGUCUUUAUGCAGAAUUGGUGAUGGGCAGAUAUCUCAGGCUGAAGUGUCUGAUGGGAGCGGCACUCUUAGCUGAGCCCUCACUUCGCCCUGGAGUAGGAAAUGGAAGAAAAUAAGCAAUUAAAGGACAAUGGAUGCGUCUGGAGCAGUUCCAAUUCCCUCCUGAAAUCCAUCUGCUGCAGCAUUCGCUGUUGCUCUCUGCUUGGCCUCCCGUUACAGUCUAAUAAUGUUAGUGGUUUAAUAGUGACGGCUGCAGAAAUUGCUGUGCAGGGUAGGGGACUUGGUACAAAUGCAUUGCAGGCUGGAAGCCCAUAUUUUUCCUCCUCUUCCAUCCAACUCCCUGGGCUGUCUGGGGGGAAAAAUAUGUGGCACUUCAGGCUUAAAUGCAAAAAGGGAGUGGCUGUUAAUCUUUUCAGGACUCAUGUGAUCUCUGUUUUUUCCAGCUAGUCUGUUCGUCUGCCAGCACAUUGGAGAUGCAGUUGUGCUCUCUAGAGCCUGAGUAGACCAAUGUUUCCCAAACUUAGGACUCCCAACUGUUUUCGAACUACAACUCCCAUCAUCCCUAGCUGGCAGAACCAGUGGUCAGGGAUGAUGGGAAUUGUAGUCUGAAAACAGCUGAAGCCCCAAGUUUGGUAAACACUGAAGUAGACUCAUAGAUGAUCCCAUUGUUAAAUGUUUGGGGGCCGUGCCUGCUGAAAUCUUGAUCUUAAAUUAACAGAUUAUGUAGGAUUCUGCAGUUCUCUCCUCUGCAUUUUUUUAUACCCAAAGCAUCCUAAGUAAGCUGCGUCCAAAUAGCAGAAGGCUGAGUGAAGAGAGACUAAACCCCUCCUCCACUUGGUUUUCCAUCUCAAUUCCUCCUCCCUGACCUGUGUUUUUACUUCCCAGGCGGGGAGGAGAGAUGGAGGGCCCUUGAUCUGAAAAAGCACCUUGGGGAGGACAGUUUGGGGCUGGGAAAGGGUUAAGCAGUCUAUCCCCACUUUCCAUACUUGUGGUCAGACAAGGCCUGUCCAUGCUCCUUCCAGGCUUAAAUUAACACAGUGGAAAGAAUUUCAGAGUGCUGCAGAAUGUGAGUGUGAGUCUUAGAAGAGCAGGAAGAGUUUCAAGUUGUUGGGGGGUGGGCUUUGAGUGAUUGGCUUAGCUCCUUGUUCCUAACCAUUGGGGGGGGGGAGUCAGAAUAUGUUAUGCAAAGCAGUGCCAAAUUGCAGUAAAUAAGUAAGCAAACUUGCUCAGUUUGGAUUGCAGAAUUAAGCUCUUCUUACCCCAGAAUUUGGCCUGUCUGGAUGCAGAGCUGAAUGUGGCUUGCAACAAAACCUCAGCUGUCCUGCAUUAAAUGGAGACGUGGGAACGGAGGCUUCGUAUCCUAGGAAAAAAAGGUUCUUUAGAGAAAUGCAAACUGAGUGUAUCACAAAGCAAGAGAAAGUUUGUACUUCUGAAUCGAUUUACUACAUGUACAGAAUAAAAUAUCUGAACAUUUGAAAGGUACCUUACCCUAGUCUCCCUGCUGCCUGCUUUGGUUUAGCAGCUACUCAGGCAGGGGUGUUUCCUGCUGCUGGCUCCAGGGAUCUCUAGAGAUGCCUGGGAUUGAAUGUGGGACCUCCUGCAGGGACCACGUCGCAUGCUGUGUCCCUGAGCUGUGUCCCCCUUGGCAAGUUUUCUGGUGUAGCUUCCAUAUCCCCUUCUGCCAGAGAGAACAUGGGCUUUGAACCCAUGGCUGCAAACAUCGCCAGCUGGGUAAGCCUCAACCACUGCACCACGGUUCCUUGGACAUUUUCUUUUCUUUUUGAUGGUGAGGAUGUUGCCAAAACUUAGGCCAUCAAUGAUCUUGUGUGGUGGCUGCGUUGGUGUUCUCUGCUUGCUGUUCUCUUUAAUUGCAUUUCACAGGCCCAGUUCUGUGUUUCAGCCGGUCAGGUCACCUAUUAAUACAUUCAGCAUCCUGGUCAGAGUUCUUCCAUCUUCUGAAGCACGAUGCGUAUCCUCGAGGAGUGAGACUUACGUUGGUCUUGGCACCUGACCUCUCCCACGACCAGUUCACUGGGUCCCCUGCUUGAUAACUUUGAGGAAACAAUCAAAGAAUCUGUUUAUUUCUUUAGCUUUCAAUGGGAAUCCAUCACUGCUGCCGAAUGGUUUUGACUGUUUUCUUUGUUUAAACUUAGCUGUGUUUCGUAUUGAUUUUAUGCCUUUCUGCUGUUGGCUACCUUGGGAGUCCCUGUGAUUGAAAGGUGGGGGGAGAUUUUACAAUAAUAAGUGUGUGCACAAACCAAGUUAAAUGUCAGCCCUGGAAGGGCACUGCAGUGAGACAUGGCUCAUUUGGGAGGCAGGAGAAUUCCCUUGCCUUAUGCUGCUCAUCGCAGUCAGUUCUUGAGGAAUUGGAGGUUACUUGACCUUUGUCUGUAGCCAGACACCUUUUCUGGGUUGAAUGUUGCAUUUGCUUUGUGGUUUCUUCCUCCCCUGAUGGCUCCACUUCCCAGGUUUGUCUUUUUUCUCCACUCCCAGGUGCAAAUUUUCUCCUUCUCCAAACUCCUCUGACAGUCUUCCUUCAAAUAUCCAUACUAACGUGGCCUCAGUGACUUAAUGAUACUUAAUGCUCUGGAUUCUGCCUACAGGUCCCGGCUGCUCUUCUUGAGAUAAGAAUCUAUUUUUAAAGACAGCCUUUCUCUCGCUCAGGUAGAAGACUGGCUAAACCAAUUAAACACAUUAGGAGAUAACCGUACAUGUGGCUCUGGUUCAAGAUGUCUGAUUUCUGCACCGCAGGACAUGUUUCAGUUGCCGACCUUCUUCCUUGUUACUUAGGCAGCUAACUAGAUCUGCUAGGCGUCACCUGCUCUGCUUGUCAUUCCUCCUCACCUGCUUCUGAAUGAUUUCCCCCUCUGCGUAUUGUUCCUGGUCAGCUGUAUGUACACAAGGCCCAUUUUGCUCAUGCUCUUCUCGACUGCUGUUUUCUUUUCUUCCUUUUUCUAAAAAAGAAUUGCAGCUAUUGAAAGAUGUUUCUGCUGCCAAAGAGAGAGCAGCCUGUAUCACAAGCUCUGUGGUGUAAAUCCUCUUCACCAAACACUGGUGCUUCCCUAAACAGCAGCCUUCUGCUGAACCUUUGGGAGUAGGAACUGGGAGGUUGCAAGCUCAGUGAUGGAGCCCCUGCCUCGUACGCGGAAGAUCCCAGGUCCGCUCUCCUGACAUCUCCAGCUAAAAAGAUUGAAGCUUUCGGAGAGUGGCUGCAGUCAGAGUUGAAUUGUAUUGGUCCAGAUCAGCAGUUCUCAACCUCUGGGCCCCAGAUGUUGUUGGACUACAACUCCCAUCAUCCCUGAGCUCUGGCCUUGCUAGCUAGGCAUGAUGGGAGUUGUAGUCCAACAAUAUCUGGGGACCCACAGGUUGAGAACCGCUGGUCUAGAUGAACUUAGUUGAACUUAGUAUAAGGUGGCUUCAUAGAAAUACUUUAAAAAAUAACAACUCAAAAAGCAGCUUGUAGUUGGAGCAACAGGAAUGUUGCUCAGUUUCCCUCAGCUGCUGUGGGAGAGCACUCUCCAAAAGUCAAAGCACCCAUGAUUUCUUGUGUGGAGAAGGACUGUACUCAGAGUUAGAGCACAUGGUUUGUAUGCAGAAGGUCCCAUGUUCACUUUUGGCAUCCCCAGUUUGAAAAUAAGGACCGGGCAGCCAGCGUGGGGCCGUUUUCUUCCCUGAACCCCAUGCCAAAAAAGAAAAUACUGGAUUAGAUGGAUAUGGGAGCCAGACAUAAGGAAGUUUCCUUUGUUCAUGGGAGCUGAAUGUUGCUGUUCAUUUUCAGUUUUGGUCCAUUUGAUUCUUGGUGCCACAGGAGGCCUUUGUCCCUAGAAUAAGGGCGUGCUCGGUAUCGUUCCGCAAUGCUGCUGCUUUUUUCCUUAAUUGCCUUGCAAACAGAAAUUGGAUGAAUCUCCGUGAUGCAGAAACAGGGAAAAUUCUCUGGCAAGGAACAGAAGACCUCUCCAUCCCUGGAGUAGAGCACGAAGGUACUGUUGAGCCACUUCCCGGUGGUUUGUGCGUGAAGGAUCCUGAAAUACUGAGCAGGUUCAGCACUGUUUGAUGGGGUGCUGUCUUGCGCUGGGCGAUAUCUGGUUUUCAAUAUAACGAUAUAUCACCAGCUAAAUAUCACAAUAUCUCAAUAUAUCAUGAUAUAUAUAUGUGGCGGAGGGCCUUAAAAUGUAAGGAAGUAGUAGAUUUAAUAAAUAUAUUAAAUAAACUUCCAUAUACCAUUCUUUUCCGUCUAUAAGGCUAGGGUUUUUUAUUUAAAAAUUAUGUUCAAAAUUGUGGGUCGUCUUAUAUACACGGAUGCAAUUUAGAUUGGCUUGCCAUCUAAAUUUUUUACUCCCGAAAGGUGAGGUACGCUGUCAUUCAGUGAGAUAUUUCCAGGAUGAUGCAGUUCUUGAGCAAGGGUGUAUAUCUAGGAAGACACACCAACUUUGGCUUUAAGUGUGAAGCAAUCCUAAGUGUUCACUCUUGCUUUGUGAGCUUAGCCAGUGUUGGCGGACUCAGGAAAUUCUAAUCGGUCAAAAAGGGAGGAAAAGGGUAGACCCUCCACGGCUUGAGAAAGCCCACCCCUUUUGUUCUCCGGGGCCUUUUUGUCCCUUCCUACUGUACUAGCAUUUUGUGCUUUGCUAAGGAUAUUUGUGGACAUAUCUAGUAAUGUGAGGCCAGAUGGGGGCCAGUGCACUGGCAAGCCAUUAAUCUGGCUUUUUGCUUUGCUCUCCCCCCCCCCCCCAAGAUCCACUUUAGCAGAUCCCUUGGCCUUUUUAUGCAGUGCUUUUUGCGGGAAAUCACUGUUCCUAACCUUAAUAACUUAAAAGCGGAUCUGAUACCUCCUGAAUCAUGCCUCAGUUGAAAGGCUAAAAGAAGUCAUUAACGCCUCCCCCCCCCCCGCCCCAGGGAAUGGAUUCAGCCACAAAGAUAACUCAGCAAUACCCUUUUUGCCCGUGCUGGCUUCUUGUCUUUGGAAUCACGGGACUUCUCUCCCUUUUGGAACUUGGUAGUCACAAUCCUCUCCCUCUUUACAUUGUCAAAAUACCAGUUGAUGCAGCGCUCAUCAAGAACACAUCAUUGAAACUCUCCUGACCCUCAAUGGCCUGAGUCCGAUUGGUGGCGUCUCUGAGUCACGAAGCUUUAAGCACUUUGUGUGCUGGUUCGCAAGGCUUGGGUCUGUUCUUUCAGCAUGUGCUGAGUAUGGAAAGCCUGGUUUGGUAGCCCAGACCCGUGUACCCUGAAAAAGAUGCAGGUUCAGUGGUUAGACGCAGAGACCUAUAAGCAGCUUACUUCAUGGAAGCGCUUUUUGUGGAGGGAAGCCCUCGUGGCCUGAAGUGACCCUUGGAACAGUGGUUCCAAUCAUCUCUGUCCUCAGGGAACGCCUUCUGCAUCCACUUCUCUGAUAUGAUGCUGCCGCCUUUGCAGAACAUUCGCAGGAAGGGUCUAGAGAGUGUGCAGUUUCCAGAGAGUCGCUGAACAGACCUUUGGGGGCUCCUGUUUCCCCACAUGAACCAAGAAAGGGCCCCUGGAACAGGCAUGAGCAGCCUUCAGGCUUGCAGGGUCCAAUUUGGGUUUUACUAGACAUGGGUGGUGCUGUGGGUUAAACCACAGAGCCUAGGGCGAAGGUCGGUGGUUCAAAUCCCUGCGAUGGGGUGAGCUCCUGUUGCUCUGACGCUGCUCCUGCCCAGCUAGCAGUUCAAAAGCACGUCAAAGUGCAGGUGGAUAAAUAGGUAUCGCUCCGGCGGGAAGGUAAACGGCGUUUCCAUGCGCUGCUCUGGUUCGCCAGAAGCGGCUUAGUCAUGCUGGCCACAUGACCCAGAAGCUGUACGCUGGCUCCCUAGGCCUAUAGAGCGAGAUGAGCUCCGCAACCCCAGAGUCGGCCUUUACCCUUUAGACCCCUGAAGUCCACUGACUGGAGUCCAUGUGCAAAUCAGCCAUGGAGAAAGGAAAAGUAGCAGAUGGAGACAAGACUGGAACUAUGGUACCCCUUAAGCAAUUAGAAGUCAGAAAUGAACAGCACCUAUUUCAGAAGUCCAAUUUGCCUCCUGCCCUCUCCCUUUCCUGGAACACGCGCAGUAUCUCCCCUGUGGCCGCAUGCUUCGGGAGAGCCAUGACAGGUCUGCUGCCGGUCAGGGAAGUCUGUCAACGGUGGCUGAUCUCAAUCAUAAGUUUCCAAGGGGCCUUGAGGUUGCUGCAAACACCCUUUGAAAACCAUUGUCUUAGAAAAAAAUUAUGUGAUGCAGCUGGGCCAAAAAAUGUCUGGUAGCGCCUGCCCUGUUUAGAGCUGGGCUGUAUGUUGGUAAAUUGUCUGAAACCAGUAUAUAUGGCGUUCAGAUCGCAAUACCAGUAUCAGACAUUUUGAGCUGGCAAGGGAGCUUCCUGCCCCCCCCCCCCAGCUGAGCAGUUUAAGGAAGCCUCGUGUAACCCGGAGAGGUAUUGGGGCUUGCUCAGUAGGGCUGGGGGAUGUAUCUCGCCUCUUCUUCCUCCUCUAAGCAGCCAAGGUACAUUCCGGACAUUGUAACAUAUCAGCAUAUUGUGGUCUUUAGCUGCUGAUAUAUCACAAUUUUGAAAACCAGAUAACCCCCAGCCCUAGUCCUGAUUGUCUCGUGUGUGUAGUGUAAGCCCAGCCUGCUUGACCAACACACUGCAUUUAGUCAUUUAUGACACGUCAGUCAUUUGUGGCAUUUAGUCAUUUAUGGUUCCUUUCUUGGUCACUUUCCUGAUGCAGGAGAUCAGAUGAGUGGUCUGUCUGAAAGUGCUUGAGGUUACAGCUGGGGUGGGUAGGAGCGAAAGAGGCCCAGGGCUCCUGUACCUUUAAUUGCUAAAAAACAAACAAACCCCAAACUCUCCUUUCCUACACAACUAUUAGAGGUGUAAGAGCCUAGGCCUUUUUUGCAUCAGACUGCCCUAGUUAUAACCUGUUGCAUGUGUUUGCUUCACAAAAGUCAGACGUGUAUUUUUCUCCUCUUUUUGGACCUCAGUGCCUUUGGCAACAGCAGGGUUUGUCCUACUACUCAGAAUGAUAAUCUAAUUUCCCCCUUUCUCUCUGCUAGCUCGAGUUCCUAAGAAAAUUCUGAAAUGCAAGGCUGUAUCUCGGGAGCUAAACUUUUCCUCGACUGAGCAGAUGGAGAAAUUCCGACUGGAACAGAAAGUGUAUUUCAAAGGACAGUGUCUAGAAGGUAAUGUUCUGUUCUGUGAGUAGCUGUAGGUGAUGUCUAACAAUAUGGAAGGAAAAGCAGAUCUUAGAUUGGGAGAAAUGGUUCUCUGCAACAGAUAAAGCUUAUGACCUGUAGGGUAGAAGUCCAGAUUUGCUUCCCAGUCUGUUGCUUAGGUGGGUGAUAUCGGGGGUGAGGGGAGAGAGAAAGAUGGAAUUAGAGCAUUUGCAAUAACUGUCCCCUUCUUCCCUUUACAGAAUGGUUCUUUGAGUUUGGCUUUGUGAUUCCCAACUCAACAAACACUUGGCAGUCCUUGAUAGAGGCCGCUCCUGAGUCACAGAUGAUGACCGCUAAUGUUCUAACGUGAGUUGUCACAUAUAUCUAGUACCAUUUUUCUUGAAAAAGAGGUGCCGGAACUCACCAUGAACACCUCCCUCCCUCCCUUAGAAUGGCAGUGGCGCUCACCUGAGAGGUGCUGACUUGAGUUCCGGCUGGAAAAAAGCCCUGCAUAUAACACACACUGCAGAAAGAUAGAUCCAAGGGCUGCCUGGAGUGUGGAGCGGGCUGGGCUGACAAAGCAUGUCAAAUUCAGUGGUGCCAGCGUAAAGCUAUUCUGUGGCCGAAGGGGUCAGAAUUAUGCUCCAGACCAUUGAGCUCAAUGCCCUGUGCAGCAGACGAAUUGGCUUCUGCAGAGCCUAGGGAGGGAUCUGUGCACCCUGAACCACCCACUAGAAAUUUAAAUUGAAUUGAAAUACUUUAUUGUCCCUUGUACAACUUGUAUACAGUGAGAUUACACGACCACGCCCCACUCAGCUCUCUUCGUCUUAAUUCCCCUCGUUUACUGCCGCACACCCACCAAACCCGAAAGUCAGUUGCCCUGUUAUCUUUUCAUUCAGCAGCCUAACAGCCCACGGAUAGAAGCUGUUCUUUACCCUGUUGGUGCAACUAAUCAUGCUUCUGUAUCUUCUGCCCGAGGGCAGGAGAUCAAGAAAGUGCCGGCCAGGGUGUGAAUCAUCCCUGAGAAUUUUCCUUACUCUCCUGAGGCAACGUUCUUCUGCCAUUUCAUCCAGCGGAUUCACGGGACAGCCCAUAAUAUCUUGUGCUGUAUUCACCUGGCUUGAGAGCAGUACAUGUGAAAAGGAUCUAGGAGUCUUGGUUGACCACAAACUUGACAUGAGCCAACAGUGUGACGCGGCAGCUAAAAAUGCCAAUGCAAUUCUGGGCUGCAUCAAUAGGAGUAUAGCAUCUAGAUCAAGGGAAGUAAUAGUGCCACUGUAUUCUGCUCUGGUCAGACCUCACCUGGAGUACUGUGUCCAGUUCUGGGCACCAUAGUUCAAGAAGGACACUGACAAACUGGAACGUGUCCAGAGGAGGGCAACCAAAAUGGUCAAAGGCCUGGAAACGAUGCCUUAUGAGGAACGGCUAAGGGAGCUGGGCAUGUUUAGCCUGGAGAAGAGGAGGUUAAGGGGUGAUAUGAUAGCCAUGUUCAAAUAUAUAAAAGGAUGUCACAUAGAGGAGGGAGAAAGGUUGUUUUCUGCUGCUCCAGAGAAGCGGACACGGAGCAAUGGAUCCAAACUACAAGAAAGAAGAUUCCACCUAAACAUUAGGAAGAACUUCCUGACAGUAAGAGCUGUUUGACAGUGGAAUUUGCUGCCAAGGAGUGUGGUGGAGUCUCCUUCUUUGGAGGUCUUUAAGCAGAGGCUUGACAACCAUAUGUCAGGAGUGCUCUGAUGGUGUUUCCUGCUUGGCAGGGGGUUGGACUCGAUGGCCCUUGUGGUCUCUUCCAACUCUAUGAUUCUAUGAUUCUAAGUGCAUUACACAGAGUGCCCGUGAAAUGUUGAAAAUGCCCAGCGGAAUUCACUCACUCCAGGACACAAAGAGCAAAAUAUCACCAAAAUAUCACCACCCUCUGUAGGCACUUCCUAUCAGAUGAUGUCAAACCAGCGUACCACACAUAGAAAUCUUGCUCACGCGGCGUCUGAGAGUUCAGGCGUUGCUCUCGCACUUCCAAUCAUAGAGUUUCCCCCAGCCUUGAGGCCUGCAAACCUGCUUCUUACUCAGUGAGCCUGGCCUGGUCUAAGAUGUCUUUGACACUUCCUAUGUUCUGCAGUGGGAUGUGUGCACCUGUUUUAGAAGGCCUUCAGAAGGCUUCCACCUACCCCAGUUAGCUCUCCUGGGAGCUCCUUCGCCUGAAGGCACCUCAGAAGCAGGUGUUGCUUAGCCCCAGUGCAUCUCUGCCUCCCAGCAUGUAGGUUUGUUUUACACCAAGUCUCCAAAAAUAUUUCAAAGCAUUUAUCAUCACGUACCAUUUUUUCUUUUCAGCAUACAAAAUCUCUUCUUGAUUUCCCACCCCUCCUUUCCUGAUGUUUGUUUUCUGCUCCUAGCUGUUUUAUAGCACAUAGAUGGGAUGCGGGUGGCGCUGUGGUCUAAGCCACUGAGCCUCUUGGGCUUGCCGAUCAGAAGUUUGGCGGUUUGAAUCCCCGCAAUGGGGUGAGCUCCUGGGGCUCUGUCCCAGCUUCUGCCAACCUAGCAGUUUGAAAGCACGCCAGUGCAAGUAGAUAAAUAGGUACCGCUGCGACGGGAAGGUAAAUGGUGUUUCUGUGCGCUCUGGCUUCCAUCACAGUGUCAGAAGCGGUUUAGUCCUGCUGGCCACAUGACCCAGAAAGCUGUCUGUGAACAAACACCGGCUCCCUCGGCCGGAAAAGUGAGAUGAGUGCCGCAACCCCAUAGUUGCCUUUGACUGGACUUAACCGUCCAGGGGUCCUUUACCUUUACCUAUAGCAUGUAUAUUUUUAUUGUCUAAACCCCGUCACCGUUAGAUCUUUCAAUAAUCCACUGCUUAUAUUUCAGAUCCUGCCCGCGACUUCAUAUAGGGGUGACAAUUUGAUAGAUAAUCCAUCAGUAGUCUCCAUUCUUCCUUAAACACUUUGUCCUUAUGUCCUCUUAAUUUGGCAGUUCAUUUCACCAUUUCAGCAUAGUCCAUCAUUUUCAUAAGCCAUUCCUCUAGCUUGCAGUUUUAAGAGCAGCCCUUUGAUUCUCCGCUUCUUGUUCUCCCCUGACCCCCCCUCUUCUCUCUCUGCAGCGGGAACGUUAUCAUAGAAACCAAGUUUUACGACGACGACCUCCUCGUCAGCACGUCAAGAGUAAGACUGUUCUACGUUUGAAAGAAGGCCCCAGCAGGGCGGGGCAUGGGCCUGGUUUAGUUCUCCCCCCCCUCACCUGGUUCCUGGUGCCGAAUCCCCAGCCCACAUCCAAAAAAGUGCCCCGUGGAAGAAUCUCUCUCUCUCUGUCUCUCUCUUCCCGUAGGCGCUGAGCCCAGGGACCAGCUCGGCGCGAGUUGCAGCCUUGGCCCAUUCUCUCUGCUCUUCUGGCUGGAUGAGGCCGAGCCGCAACACGGCGUGUCACCAUCUGCUCAGAAUGGGGUGGGGGGUAGAAGAGGGAUGGAGGACUCUGUUUUAUUAGAGACCCAAAUGGGCAUGAAGGAUCAAGACUGUAAAUUAUGUUUAGGUUUUUUUAAAAAUCCUUUGUAUGUCUCUGUAUCUUAGUACCCCAGCUUCCCCUCCUUGGCAGGCUGGAAAAACGCUUCAGUUCUCCAUUGUUCUGUUUGUCAGUUCGGUUUUAAGUUAACUCUCUCGCUCCUUCUCCCUUCCUAUCUCUCUGUCUCUCUUUUUCUCUCUCUCAAUUCAUUCCAUCUCUUUAUUUCUACAUAGGGGGCCCAAACAUCAUCACGUCCCUCCCGCACCCCUUCGCUCCUUAAACUUGUAAAAUAGACUGAUAUUAUUACAUAAUGUAAUUAAAAUAAAACAUUUCUGAAUUAAAAAGCAAGCAUUCCUACCA